GCAGACACAGCACAUAUUAACAUUUAUAUUUUACAGUGAGUCCAAUAGGAAGCUGCGUAUUUGUCCAUUUUCCUCUUUGGCAUAUUUGGCAUCAACUUUCUAAAGUGAGAGUUGUUGAAACGGAUCAAUAGUCUGUGCUGAGUGGCUGCAGGCCAGGCAGCAGAGGUGGAGAUUUGACUCCAGAGGUUCUCGCUGCUGGACGGGUGUCAGUUUUUACCACUGAGCUACGACCCAAGAGAAACAUGAGGCAACACUGUGCCCUCAAACAUGGAAUAUUCAAAGAAUUCCUGGCAGAAUUCCUUGGGACUUUUGUCUUGGUUUUGUUUGGCUGUGGCUCGGUAGCUCAGACCGUGCUAAGUCGAAACACUCUUGGAGAGCCGCUCACCAUCCACAUCGGCUUCUCCGUGGGCCUCAUUAUGGCCGUGUAUGUGGCUGGUGGAGUCUCAGGGGGCCACGUGAACCCUGCUGUGUCUCUGGCCAUGGUGGUUUUGGGCAAGCUGAAGAUCUGGAAGUUCCCCUUCUACGUGAUGGCCCAGUUCCUCGGUGCUUUUGCGGGAGCCGCUGCGGUCUUUGGAUUAUACUAUGAUUCAUUUAUGGACUUCACAAGCGGGAUUCUGUCAGUGACGGGAAUCAAUGCAACUGCUCACAUCUUUGCCUCAUACCCUGCUAGGCACCUGUCAGUUCUUGGAGGCUUCAUCGAUCAGGUUGUGGGCACAGGUAUGCUCGUUCUCUGUAUUCUUGCAAUCAUCGAUGGUGGAAACAUUGGAGCUCCGAAAGGCGUGGAGCCGCUGGCCAUUGGCCUGAUCAUCAUGGCCAUUGGUGUGUCCAUGGGACUGAACUGUGGCUACCCCCUUAACCCAGCCCGAGACCUAGGACCCCGACUGUUCACGGCGGUGGCCGGAUGGGGGAUGGAGGUCUUCAGCACUGCAGACAACUGGUGGUGGAUCCCAGUAGCAGGACCCAUGGUGGGCGGCGUGGUCGCAGCCGUCAUCUACUUCCUGCUCAUUGAGCUGCACCACGUCCACAAUGAGCCCGAGAAAGCUCAUGAGGAGGACGAAGAGGAGGAGGAGGAGGAAGAGGACGAGGACAUCAGUCUGAAGGACAAAUAUGAGAUGAUCACCAUGAGUUAGAAAGAGACAGAGCAUCACACCUGACUGGUUUUUACCUGAUGAGGAACAGCCAGGAGAGUUCAGUAAUAAAUCCUCCAGGCCGCUUCAUUCUCUCUAGAGAUGCAUUUUUCAAAUCAGCACUGAAACCUCUAAAAGUGAAAUUACCAAAGAAAUACUGAAUAUUUUCCAGCUGAACAACCAUGAACUGUUUUCAGUUUCAGUUUGAAUUUCUGUUUUUAUAAAGGUAGGAAAAAUUCAUUCCUGUUACAUUUUAACCUAAUUGUUAUAAAUAAGUCACUGUGUAUGUAGAAGUCACUUUUACAUACACAGUGUCACCCCUUGUGUUUUUAUUACCAAAUCAUGUUCUAUUUUUGUUUAUAUUCUCUUCACACCACAAGGAUCUCUCCUUGAUGUUGAGUUUUUGUUUUCAAGUAUUUUACUCAUUAAAAUGUAUAUAAAUAUCA